AUGGCUUGCGAGAGCAAAUCCGACGCCGAAGCCUGCAAUGGCUGCUCUCAGCCUGACAGCUGCACCAACGGCAACAUCGUCGACAUCGAAGACUACAAGACCGAACUCAACACUCUCCGAGAAAGAACAAAAGAACUCGAAGCCAAAUUAGCCAAACACACCAUCAACUCUGGGAAGUCUCUCCGCUCAACAAAAUGGUUCAACCGCACCGACGACAAAGCCAUGACAGCCCUCUACGUCGACCGUUACUUGAACUACGGCCUCACAAAAGAAGAACUAAUGUCCAACAAGCCCAUCAUCGGCAUCGCCAACUCCGGCUCAGAUCUCACGCCUUGUAACCAAUACCACACAACCCUCGCCCACCGCGUCCGCGAAGGCAUCAGAUCCGCCGGCGCCAUCGCAAUCGAAUUUCCAACCCACCCAAUCCAGGAAUCCUCCCGUCGCCCCACAGCCACUCUGGACCGUAACCUCUCCUACCUAACCCUUGUAGAGCUGUUAUACGCCUACCCCUUCGACGGCGUCGUCCUCAUGACUGGCUGCGACAAAACAACCCCCGCCUGCCUCAUGGCCGCCGCGACCAUGAACAUCCCAGCAAUAUGUCUCAACGUCCGGGCCCAUGCUCAACGCGGGACAGUCCUCUGGAAAGCACGCGAAGAACACGCCGCUGGCCGCAUCGAUGAUGAGGAAUUAACGAACCUCGUCACGGCCGGGACCCCGAGUGUGGGACACUGCAACACUAUGGGUACCGCCUCGACCAUGAACGCGCUCGCCGAAGCAUUGGGUAUGGCGCUCCCUGGAUCUGCCGCUAUUCCCGCCCCGUAUAGAGAACGCGCACAAUGCGCGUAUCGCACGGGUCUGCAGAUUGUAGAGAUGGUGCAUAAGGACUUGAAGCAUAGCGAUAUCAUGACCCGCGCUGCCUUCGAAAACGCCAUCGUCGCCAACACUGCCAUCGGCGGCUCCACCAACGCCCCCAUCCACCUCUCCGCGAUAGCCAAACACAUCGGCGUCCCCCUCUCUCUCGACGAUUGGGAUUCUCUCGGCUACCAUAUCCCCUUAAUGGUGAAUGUCCAGCCCGCCGGCUCCAUGCUCUGCGAAGAGUACUACCGCGCCGGCGGCCUGCCCGCUGUAAUGGCCGAACUCCUCGAACAGGGGAAAUUGCAUGGAAAUGCGAUAACCUGCAAAGGCAAAAUAGUCGCGGAGAACGUCCUAGGCAAACAAUCCUGGGAUCGCAGAACGAUUUUGGCGUAUGACGAGCCUAUGAAGAAGGAUUCUGGGUUUCUCCACAUUCGUGGUAAUCUCUUCGAUUCUGCGAUUAUGAAGACGUCCGUCAUAUCGAAGGAGUUCAGGGAGGAGUUCCUCGAAAACCCAUCGGAUCCUAACGCAUUCGAGGGCAAAGUCGCAGUUUUCGAUGGGCCGGAGGAUUACAAUCGACGGAUCGAGACAGCGGAUAUAGAUCCGCGAACGAUUUUGGUCAUGAGGGGGACUGGACCGCUGGGGUAUCCCGGGGCUGCGGAGGUUGUGAACAUGACAGCGCCGGGCCAUCUCUUGAAGAAGGGGUUGAAGUAUUCGUUACCGUGCAUUGGGGAUGGGAGGCAGUCGGGUACGUCAGGCUCGCCGAGUAUUCUGAAUGCGAGUCCUGAGGCGGCGGAGAAUGGGAAUUUGGCGAUUUUGAGGGAUGGGGAUAAGUUGAGGAUCGAUUUGAGUAAGCGGAGGGUGGAUCUGUUAUCAUCAGAAGAGGAGAUCGAGAAUCGGCGCAAGGAGCUGUUAGACGGUGGAGGCUAUAAGGCGAUUGAGAGCCAUACACCGUAUCAGGAUUUCUUCAGGAGGGAGACUGGGCCUCUGAGUGAGGGGAUGGUGUUCAAGAGGGCGGUGCAGUUCCAGAAGAUAGCGCAGAAGGUGGAGAUGCCGAGGGAUAAUCAUUGA